UCCCCUGUCGCCUGUCUGUCCCCUGGGUGUCCCCUGGCUGUCCCCUGAGUGUCCCCUCUCCGCAGGUGACCGAGGGGGACGGCGAGGCCGUGCUGACCAUGGACGCUCUGCGGCAGCGCUUCCCCAACCCGCAGGAGCUGGUGGGACAUUCCCUCUACGUGUCCGUCACCGUCAUCACCGAGUCAGGCAGUGACAUGGUGGAGGCCCAGCGUGGUGGCAUCCCCAUCGUGACGUCGCCCUACACCAUCCACUUCACCCACACCCCCAAGUACUUCAAACCGGGCAUGCCCUUUGACCUCCGGGUCUUCGUCACCAACCCGGACGGGUCACCGGCCCCACGUGUCAACGUCCAGGCCGACGGGUUCCAGGGCCUGGCGUCCACCCAGCGCGACGGCACCGCCCGGCUCGUGGUCAACAUGCCGGCCAACAAGGACAGUGUCCCCGUCACCGUGCGGACGGUGCAGGAGGGGCUGCCCCCCGAGCGCCAGGCGUCGCGGCAGAUGACGGCCCAGGCCUAUCGCAGCCAGGCCAACUCCGGAAACUUCCUGCACUUGGCUGUACAGGCCACGGAGCUGAGGGCCGGGGAGAACCUGCCCGUCAACUUCCACCUCAAGACCAACAACAACGCCGUCCGCGACGCCGUCCAGUACUUCACCUACCUGAUCAUGAGCAAGGGGCGCAUCGUCCGCGCCGGGCGGCAGCGCCACGAGGCCGGGCAGAGCCUGGUCACCAUGAGCCUGCCGGUGACCCCCGAGCUCGUCCCCUCCUUCCGCAUCGUGGCCUAUUACCACGUCCUGCCCGGAGAGAUCGUGGCCGACUCCGUCUGGGUGGACGUCCAGGACACCUGCAUGGGCACCGUGAGUGUCCCCCCCGGUCCCAGAGGG